AUUCAGUGGGAUUGAUGAAGCUCUUUAAUUAACCGAGUGGCGCCAAUGACAACACCUGCAAAGGAUAGCUGCUAAACGGCUCUCACAUUAGAGCUUCUGGUGUUCCUACAGCAGCAUCUCCCCCCACUUCUUUUUAGCAUACUUCUCUAUCAUUUUGCAAAGUCAGACAAACGGGCUGUUAGGAGAGAGGACGGACGCCCUUCAGCAGCCGCGGACGUGCGCGCACCGCUGGAGGCAGUCGAGCUGCAGACCUGGGAUUGUUAGGAGGAACUCUGGCUGAUGUUAGCGGCGGAGAGGAGACGGGGACGGGGAGUUGGGUGGGCAUGACAUGAGAACCAAGUCUGCACAGAUACCAACAAAUACCCAAAGUAUGUCUGCGGCAGGGGCGAGUCGACGCUCUGAGGGACUUGACACAGGUGAAUGAGAGCACAGCUGCAGCUUCUGCUGUUUUUCCACCUUCUCUUUUUUGUCCUCUCCACGGUGAGAGGAGACCGACACGGCGGCUGUAGCUCACCGUGCCUGCUUCACCCUGCUUCCGUCUGGCAGGCGUCAAGGUGUAGCAGGCAGGAGAGGGACGGAGGAAGAGCCGCUGUUUAACUAUCCCGACCAAACGUUUCUGCGCAGAGUACGCUACGCGACGUGUCCGCAGGCAGACGGAGACACACGGGAGAGGACACUAUGUCAAAGGAGACGAGAGGGAAAGGAUCAUCACGAAAGCACAGCGCCACUCAUUGGUGUCUGCAGAACAUCGCACAGGAAUCAGUUGACAGCUCCGAUGAGGAGUUCUUUGAUGCCAGAGCAGAUGUUAUGGAGGGGAAGAGCGCCAUUCUGCUGGGCAUGAGUCAGUGGAACUCAAAUGACCUGGUGGAGCAGAUUGAAACUCUGGGACACAUGGAGGACCACUCACAUGAGGGUCUCUACCAGCUGGGUGGUCCACGCUGUCCCCCUCAGAGCAGCAUUGAAGGAUUGGAGGACACAGAGAGGAAAUGUAAGACACAUGUGCUUCUGCUGGUGGUGCACGGGGGAAACAUCUUGGACACAGCAGGCGGAGACCCCAGCACAAAGACUGGCGAUGUGGCCACGCUGGCCUCAGUGCUGGAGAAGGUGACACGGGUGCAUUUUCAGGCCGCCACCGAACACGUGAUGAUCAAGCUGGUGCCAUGUCCGGCUGUGUGCGCUGAGGCCUUCUCCCUGGUGUCCAACCUGAACCCAUACAGCUAUGAUGAGAGCUGUGUGUCCAGCAGUGUGGACCACCUGCCCCUGGCUGCUCUCCCCCUCCUUGCUAUUGUCUCACCUCGUUAUCAAGAUGCGGUGGCGACCGUGAUUGCCCGAGCCAACCAGGUCUACCACAGCUUCCUGCAGACAGAGGACGGGCAGGGAUUCACUGGACAGGUAUGCCUGAUGGGCGAUUGUGUGGGAGGAGUGCUGUGCUUUGAUGCUUUGUGCUUCAGCAACCACCAGAGGCCCAGCAGCCCCAACAACAGCAGCAGGAACAACAGCACUGAGAGCCUGAAGGAUAACUCGGGCCUUCUUGGAGAGUCCAGCCCCGGACUGAGUUCUAGCAAGAGGCUGAGUAAGAGCAACAUCGAUAUCUCUGCCCCCAACGAAGGGCAGGGCCAGAGUGGGCCGCCGCUCAGCCGCAAGCAGAGCGACUCAUACGAUGGAGACACCUCUAGCACGGGACAGCACAGCUUUUUCUCCAGUUUGAUGAAGGAGAGCGUGGAGGUGCGGGGCGGCAGUAACACCAGUCUGGUGUUGAACCCAGGACGAUUUGACUUCGAGGUGUCAGACUGCUUCCUGCUGGGCUGUCCGCUCGGCCUCGUGCUGGCCAUGAGACGCACUGUGCUGCCUGCCGUCCAGGUGAGCCAGCUCCAUCCAGCCUGCUCUCAGAUUUUCAACCUGUUUUACCCGUCGGACCCUUCAGCUUCCAGACUGGAACCACUGCUGCAACCUCUCUUCCACAAGUUGCCACCAUUUGCUGUGCCACGCUAUCAGCGCUACCCUCUAGGAGAUGGACGCUCAAUGCUCAUAGUCGAGGGUAUCCAAGGCCAUAGAAACGUGUUUCUGGAAGAUGAACAAACUCCUGGAGGCCCGGCAUCACAGCCAUCCUCUGAGACAAAGACUGAAGGAGGAGGAGGAGGAGACGAGGGAGGUCGUAGAGCCAGUGUGACCAGUGUGGAAAGUGAAGGGUCGAUAUGCUCUAUGGGCCAGCUGGGAAACACCAUCGCUAACAUUUCCAGCAGCUGGUGGGGCACCAAGAGGCUGGAUUAUGCUUUGUACUGCCCUGAUGUGCUGACUGCCUUCCCAACAGUGGCUCUUCCUCACCUUUUUCACGCUUCCUACUGGGAGUCCACUGACGUAGCAGCUUUUGUUCUCCGGCAGCUCAUGCGAUGUGACUGUGUGAAGAUGCAGGAAGCAGACAAUUUGGACUCGGCUCCCUUCUCUCCCUCCAGCCCACGAGAAAAAUGGCUCAGAAGGAGGACACAUGUCAAACUGAGGAACGUCACCGCCAACCACAGAGUGAAUGAUGUUAUUGCCACUGAGGAUGGACCUCAAACUCUGGUUGGCCGCUUCAUGUAUGGCCCCUUGGACAUGGUCACUCUGACUGGUGAAAAGGUGGACAUCCUGCUAAUGACACAACCUCAGUCUGGUCGCUGGGUGCACUUUGACACUGAGGUGACCAACAGCAGCGGGAGAGUCACAUAUACCAUACCCAAGAGCAAGAAGCUCGGGCUUGGAGUCUAUCCAAUUAAAAUGGUGGUCAAGGGGGAUCAAACAAGUGCCGAGGCCUACCUGACUGUGUUGCCACGGGCCAUGGAGUGUGUGGUCUUCAGCAUUGAUGGCUCUUUUGCUGCCAGUGUGUCAAUCAUGGGCAGUGACCCCAAAGUCCGGCCCGGAGCUGUUGAUGUUGUCAGGCAUUGGCAGGACCUGGGAUAUCUGAUCAUUUACAUCACAGGCCGCCCUGAUAUGCAGAAGCAGCGUGUGGUAUCCUGGCUCUCACAGCACAAUUUUCCACAUGGGAUGAUCUUCUUCUCUGAAGGCCUGGUUCAUGACCCCCUGCGGCAAAAGACCAUUUUCCUCAGGAACCUCAUACAGGAGUGUCACAUUAAGAUCAUCUCUGCUUAUGGCUCCAUGAAGGACAUCUCUGUUUACAACAUGCUUGGCCUGAGCCCCUCACAGAUUUAUAUUGUUGGCAGACCUUCAAAGAAAUACCAAAAUCAGUGUCAGUUCCUGAGUGAUGGCUAUGCAGCACACCUCUCCACCCUUCAGUUUGGGCACAGAGCCAGACCCAAGAAAUCCCCUUCGGUUCGUAUGGUCCUAAGAAAAGGCUCAUUUGGCCUCUCAGCGAAGCCUGACUUCCUGUGUAAGCGCACUCACCUACGCAGGACAAUGUCGGUGCAACAGCCUGACCCACCGUGUACACCCAACCCCAAACCUGAGCGGGCCCAAAGCCAGCCAGAGUCUGAUAAGGACCAUGGGGGAGGAGGAGGGGGAGGCGGAGGAGGGGGAGGAGGAGGAGGUGGACAAGUGACAUGGGGACGUGCCUCCAUGCAUCGUGGAGACACCACUCCCUGACGUCAAAAAGAGAUGGAAGGAUUGCAGGAGGACAAAAGAGACAAAGUGGUCUUAGUGUCCAGGGCCAAGUGUCACCUCUACGUGCUGUACAUGUACAUUGGAUCCUCUGCUGGUGUCCCUCACAGCUCAGCUUUACCUCGUGCUUGGCCCUCUACACUUUGUCACCUGUUUUGCAGUUAUUUUGUGACCCGCUCGAUGGAUAACGUCACUUAGUCUUCGUGCCUGAAAUGUGAAGUCGUUGCCGGGGAUGGCAAUGAUUUUUGCACAUGUCUGUGUCAAGCUCAAAUGUGUCUACUUGUAAAAUCAAAAGAAUGUACUUCAGAGAGUAAAUAGACACACAUGCCCCCCCCAUCCCCCCUAAACCCACACACGAUUCAGAGGAUGGAAAAUGUGACGACAGCGAUGACUUUGUUUUGACCUGAGCAACAGAGUUUACCUGACGCUGCACCUGGUCCCAUUCAGACUGCUGUGCUAACAGGUGGUCAUGUUGACUGACUCCUGCGCUUAUCCUACACCCAUGUAAAUACUCAUCGCCGUGUGGGCCUCUGGACACAGAAGCACUGUGACAUUUAGGUUCAGUCUGUACACAAGAUCAGCGAUUUGGGGCCUCGAUAAGCCAACCUCGCCAAACACCAGUCUCUGCUCCCAUUUCACUCCCACUGCUAGAUCUUUUCAUCAUGUUGUGGCUGGCUUACUACUCCCACCUCCUUUCUUCUUUUCCCCAACCAGUCAGGCAGAACAUGCCUUUCGACAGCCGCCUCAGACCAGAGUCUGCGGCACCUGUAGUGUUGUGGUGUGUGCGGCUCGACCCCUGAGGUUGCAUUUGCACUAUUGAAGAACACCACUCUUGGUCCUCAAUUUAGCUGUGGUACUCACUUCAGAGAGAGUUGUAUUUAUAUUUAAUUGCAUUUGUAGUUUUUGUUUUCCCUGUAGAUUGUGUCGCUGCCUGUUUGUUUCUGUAACCACUAAAGGAUUAAACACAAAUGGUUUGUAGGCAAAGUUGACCUAAAAUGCUUACAGAUUGAUAGACUCGGUUGUAAUAAGGUAUCUGAACUCAUUUAUCAAUGUAUUUAAAAUGACAGUGCGUAAUUCUCAUUAUUGGCAACAUUAGUUUGUCGCUUGGUACUUGCAGUAGCUUGCAGGAUAAUGGACAGUGGACUCCAGUCCAUUUGAAUUUCCACCAUAAUGCCCCUGCAUCCGUUUCCUACAGCUGCACUGGAACCAAUAGAUUUGUGAUGAAACCUGAUGCUGUCAUGUGCACUUGAGGUUGAAUUGAGACUUACUGUGGCCAUGUUUAAAACUCUGUGCAAGUCAAACAUAUUUUUCUAUGAGGAAAUAUUGUAAAAAGAAAUAUUUUCAAUAUAUGUUUUUGAACUUUUUGUUGUUGGACUUGUUAAAUGGUUGAUUUUUGCCUUAAAUUGUUUUUUAUGUUGAGUAGAGAUACAUAAAGAUUAGAUUUGUUUGACCAAAGUGUUACUGUUCAUGACAACGUACAUUUUAUCAAGUUGAUAUUUUGUUUUGACAAGUUUGACAUGCUGUAUAUUUGUGUGUGCAUGUGUGAGUGUCUGCAGUAGGUAUUUGUUGUAGAGUUGUGUUUACUGAAGAACGUGAAGGUGGAAUCAGAGGACGCAGGGAGGCCAGUGUUAACAUAACCUGCAAUGUUCUCACUGAAGCUCACUACCGCCGGCUUUUCAGAACUGAGUGUGUAUUUUUAUAGGUUUGGAUUGAGGUAGUGUGUCAGAGGAUUACUUAGCUGAGGUUUUUUUUUACCUGUUAUAAAAGAAAAAGAGCUUUUCUGUACUUAGGGUGUCUUGGUUAAACUAAAAACCUGCAUAGCAGAGCAGCACGUUCAGGCCACAGGGGAGCUGUCUUUGACUUGUUUUUCCUGCCUAGGUGGUCCAGUAAUUAGCUAUUUGAUUAGUACUAAGUAUGUAUGAUUCCCUGUAGUGCCGCCCAUGUAAUUUCAGUGCACCAAUUAGCAUUACUUGGUAAUUGUAUAAUAUUGUAGAAACGAUACUGAAAAACCUAACUUGAUUUUGUUUUGCAUUUAGAUUGUUAAUACUGAAACAUUGUUAUGAGAGCAAUGGAACAAUCAUUCCCAUCAAUGUAUACACAAAAAUCUGAAAAGUCUGUAUAACACAUAGUGAUAUUUUUCUGCCAUGAUGAUACUCUGGAGAAAUCAAAUAUUUAUGCUGGGCAGCAACAAUGUUAGUAAAUGGCAAAUAAUGAUCUAAUGGUUAAAUGGUGAUUGUUCAGUGCAUGUUAAUUGUUUGAUAUUAUUAAAUACAACUGUCAUGUUUGUGGUUCUCUUAACCAAUGAUGGAGUAGUCAUUUGUAAAUAAAUGGUGAAUAAUAAUUAAUGAGUGUAAAUUUAACCACCACAUCUUCAGUAAAAUCAAAAUCAGUGCUUAAAUUUAUGAUAAAUAAAGAUAAGAACUGUAAAUAAGGUUAGACAUUGUGAACAAAAAUUGUGAGGUUAACUCUUAUUUUUACCUCAGACUUUCACUCAUUUAGUGAGAUUAAUGGAAACUGACAAAUCAUAUAAGUUAAUUUUAUUCUUUGAUACUAAAUACACAAAUAUGAUAUCAGUUUUUUUUUUUUUGUUUUUUUGGUGUGUGUGUGGGGGGGGUGGUUAGAUGUUACACAAUUGUCUUCAAAACAUAUGAUCAGCUUCUCUUUAAGUACUAAUUCAUGUUAUCAAAUUGUUAGUAUUCACCAAAUCAUGACUUAACUAUUGGGUGCUGACCUAAUUUGCCAUUUAUUAACAGUUCUUAUGAUUUAAAAAGUAAGCUUGUGAGUUAAUUAACAUGGUGUGACAGCUUCUUUCGAAGAUUUUAUUUAUUUUUGUGCAUUCAUUCUUGGUCUUAUGAGUAUUUGAUAAUGGCUUUUUGACUACUGAGGAAAAAAUACCUGGUUUCACUGCUACAAAGUUUGUUUUGUACAGAUCUCCUGUGAUGAUGAUGAACAUGUUAUUGUGUUUAUUGGAUUCAGUCCGUCUUUCAUUAUUGCAUAAAUAAAGAUAUUUGGCAGUUGAAGAGUA